CUUCUUAAGGCUACCAGUAGGACCACUAUUGCGGAGUUAACAAAGAAGCAAACCUAGUUCUGCUGGACCACCGGCUGUAGCAGAGUUCACAAUCCACUUCUUUGUUUCUUCUCGCUGCAGUAGAUCACCAUCGGCUGUCCACGGAUACUAUGGCUAUUACUUAAAAGAAAUUUCUUGGCCAAGAUAGAGGAGGAAAAUGGUAAAAAAAAAAAAUUGGAAGAUUUUGUUAAGAUUCGACCGAAAAAUUAGAAAAGGUUAGUGAGGUUGCAACCGUACAAUUGGGUGAUGAACGAAGGAGAUUGAGAAGUGUUGGGGGUUUCCAAUUAGGAUUGGGAUAGGUGGGUUGUUCCCAUAUUCGAAUUUCCAUCCAGAAAUCGAAGAAUCAACACAAUUGAAUAAGAGAAGCGAUAUAUACCUUACACGUUCAGAAGCAGAUCUUGAAAACUUUAGUUCUUCUUUUCACAGCUUUUAGAAUGGACAAAUCCUGGAUGGAUAAACAUAGGUUGUCUCCAGAAUAUGAACAAGGUGUUGAGAAAUUCUUGAGAUAUGCCAUCGAUCAUAUUCGUGACAGUAUGGAUACUGAUGAGAUAGAUGAUGUAAUUGAGAUAUUAUGUCCGUUUAGGGAAUGCAUGAACACUGGUUCUCUGCCAGUGCAUAAAGUGAGAAUUCACCUGUAUGUUAGUGGCAUCAAUCGAAACUACAAGAAUUGGAUUUGGCAUGGGGAAGAGGUUACUGCUAAUUCUAGGUCGUGUACUUCACAUGACGAUUUCCAAUAUGCGCAUGGUGACGAUGAGGAUGAAAUGGAGCUACCUGAAGAUGCUGCAGCAGCAAUAGAUAUGGUUCAGGCUGCACAUGAAGAGUUCACAGGGGAUCCAGAUAGUUUCCAAAAGUUGAUUGAAGAUGCAGAAAAACCACUUUACCCAAGUUGUUCUUCGCAUACAAAGGUAUCGACAUUGAUUAGGCUAUUCAACAUAAAAGCAAAAGGUGGUUGGUCCGAUAAGAGCUUCACAGAAUUACUCAGUGAAGUUAAAAGCAUGCUCCCACCAAAUAACGAGUUGCCUGAGUCUAUGUACGAAGCUAAGAAAACUCUUAAUGCAUUAGGGAUGGAAUAUGAGAAAAUACAUGCAUGUCCCAAUGAUUGCCUGCUUUUCAGAAAGGAUUAUAAAGAUGAUAAUACUUGCCGGACCUGCGGAGCUUCUAGAUGGAAGAAGGCGCCAUCUGGUACGAGUAAAGGGGUGCCUGAGAAAGUGAUGUGGUAUUUUUCACCUAUUCCUAGAUUUCGAAGGAUGUUUCGGUCACCAAAGACAUCAAAACACCUGAUAUAUCAUAGCCUCCCAAGAGUUGAAGAUGGUAAACUUCGUCAUCCAGUCGACUCCCCGGCAUGGAAACUAGUUGACAAUAAAUGGCCAGAGUUCGCUAAAGAACCACGAAAUCUGAGGUUAGCUCUUUCUACAGAUGGGUUCAAUCCAAAUAGUUCUGUUGGUGGCAAUUAUAGUUGUUGGCCGGUAAUGUUGGCUAUUUAUAACUUUCCACUGAAAUUGUGCAUGAAAAGGAAAUUUAUUAUGCUGACGAUGUUGAUAUCUGGUCCUAAACAGCCCGGAAACGAUAUAGAUGUUUAUUUGGCCCCUCUUAUAGAGGAUCUACAGAAAUUAUGGGAUGAAGGUGUGGAAGUUUAUGAUGCCUACAAGGAGGAGAACUUCAAUCUCAAAGCUGUACUUCUUUGGACGAUCAGUGACUUCCCCGCAUAUGCUAAUCUUUCGGGUUGCCCUAAAGGAGGAUAUAAUGCUUGUCCAAUUUGUGCUGAACGUACUUCUUCCAUCAGGCUCAAAUACUCCGGGAAAAAUGUUUAUCAAAGUCAUAGGAAAUUUCUUCCCAGAAAACACAAGUUUAGAUUGGAUAAAAAGGCUUUUCAUGGUCAGCAAGAGUUAGGUACACCUGCUCGUUUGCUCCUGUUACUGGUGAGGCUACACCUGCUCGUACUCGCCCCAUGACCACGAAAGACAUCAUUCCCGAGUCCAAUCUUGGCAGUUCAAGUUUUGUUCCUUAACGGAGCUGGUGGUACCCUUGAUGAUAGCUUGGUGAGAAACCAAGAAUGGUCUGUUGACGAAAUUGUGGUGAGCUAUGACCAAUUGGAAGCUGGUCUUCAGAUUGCUCUGUACAAUUAUGCAAAUCCUUACUUGUGUUCUUGUCUUCCUUAUCGAGAAGUGAUGCAGUACUCGGGAAACUUCUAUCGGAUCCUUUGCGUAUUCCAGGAGCGAAAAGUUCUUUAAAAAGCCUAUAACGAACUAGGGGUCUAAAUCCUAUGUCCUUUAAAGAAAGUAAGACUUUCAACAACUAUCUGAGAUGCUCUGCUGCUAGACUUUUAAUACAAAAAAUAAUAAAAGGAAAUUGAACUUCA